GCCGCGAUGGGACCGGUGCUGCUGCUGCUGCCCGCCCUCCUCGCCGGGCUCCUCUGGUCUCCCGGCGCCGAUGCCAGCACCCCGCCUGCCUGCUACAGGUAUGGUGUGCAUGGAUGUCCGAGGGACUACAACCCGGUUUGUGGGACUGACGGAGAGACCUACUCAAACGAGUGUGUGCUCUGCCUUUCCAACAGUGAAAAUGGCAAGAACGUCCAAAUUUUAUGGAGGGGACCAUGCUGAUAUGGCAGAUGGCCACUUCUCAAGAAAAUGAAAGGGACACAGGCAGUGCAAAUGGAAACAAUGCCUUAAAUGUUCCUUCUGUGUAGCUUGCUUAAUAAAAAAUUGUGCUUGUUUAAACAAAA